UCAUCCACCAACUGAGCACUGCAACAUCCAUAGCUCACUUCUUCAGAUCUCCAGCUGAAAAUUCAAAGACCGAGAAUCAACUAUGGUCGGUGCCAAGAGACUUGCUCAAUUGGCAAAGAAGUGCCAGAGGGUGGACGCACUUGGGAGGAAGAGGCUCACAGUGUUGGCCAAACAAGAUCAAGACUGCUGCAAUUCAGUACCGGCCAGGGGCCACUGUGUCAUGUACACAGAUGAUGGGAGGCGUUUCGAGGUCCCAUUGGAGUACCUUGGCACGACGAUCUUUGGCGAGCUCCUGAGGAUGUCCCAGGAGGAGUUUGGCUUUGCGAUCGAUGGCAAGAUCACACUGCCCUGUGAUGCUGCAGUGAUGGAGUAUGCCAUAUGCUUGCUAAGGAGAAAUGCCUUCACCGAGGUCGAGGUCGAGAGUGCAUUCCUGAGUUCUAUGGUGGCGUCUUGCCACUACAUGGGCUGUGAGAUGCCUACUGUCGGAGCCAGCAACCAGAUUUGUUGUUUGUAGCUUCUGAAGAACAUGCAUGAAGAGGCCCUGAUGCUGUCUUCUGUCUUGUGUAGUUUGCCUGGAUGGUGUAAGAUAGUUAGCCAACAGACACUAGGAGCAGAAAAAUUGUAUAUAUAGCAAUGCAACAAAGCAGUAUUAUGGCCACCAGCAGUAUGCAUUCUUCUCUUACAUUUCAGUUUUGUACAAGUGUAUAAUAUACCAACAAUGGUUGCUAUUAUUUUUAGA